AGCAGGAAGUCGGGAAUGAACUACUACUCCCAGAAGCCUCCGCGCCUGCCGCUGUUGCUUUCGGACUGGGGUGGCGGGUCGCGAUUCCCAGGCGGGAGGCGGUGGCAGGCUUGCGCGAAUGGGCUUGGGGGGACUGGCGUGGAGCUGGGUGAAAGUACAAGAAACCUUGGACCUGGCGGGCCUGAUCUCAAUUCUGCCGACCCUUCUUCCACGCUGGGAACCAGGAUGAACAGUAGAUGCUAUGGCUGCGCUGUCAAGUUCACCCUGUUCAAGAAGGAGAACGGCUGUAAGAAUUGUGGCCGGGCCUUCUGUUCCAGCUGCCUUAGCUUCAGUGCAGUAGUGCUGCGGGCUGGGAACACCCAACAGAAAGUCUGCAAGCAGUGCUAUGAGGUUCUGACCAGAGGAUCUUCUCCUGCUAAUGCUUCCAAGUGGUCACCACCUCAGAACUAUAAAAAGCGUAUGGCAGCCUUGGAAGCCAAGCAGAAGCCCAGUACUCUACAAAACCAGGGCUUGACCCACCCAGACCAAGUCAUUGCUGAGCGCCUAGCACGGCUCCGCCAGGAGAACAAGCCCAAGUUAGUGCCCUCACAGGCAGAGAUAGAAGCCAGGCUAGCUGCGCUAAGAGAUGAACCCCAGGGUUCCAUCCCUUCCACCCAGGACAUGGAGGCACGGCUUGCUGCACUGCAGGGCAGAGCUCCACCUUCUCAGACCCCCAAGCCGGUACAUCAGCCACCAGACACCAGGACCCAGGCCCAGCAGGCACAGGAUCUGCUAACACAGCUGACAGCGGAGGUGGCUAUUGAUGAAAGCUGGGAACGAGGAGGCCCUGGUAACUUUCCCAUUUGGGACCCCAGGGACCUGUCCCCCUUUUCCCCAGGUGGGAGAGGCUAUGCUGCCCACCCUCUGGAAGCUGCCUCUAUCCAGAAUGACCUCAACCAGGGUGGCCCAGGGAGCCACAGCACGAAUUCCAAGGGGCAGGCCACCUCGUCCCUGGAGGAGGAGAAAAGCAGGCUCCUGGCUGAGGCAGCGGUUGAGCUGCGGGAGGAGAACACAAGGCAGGAGAAGAUUCUGGCCCUCGCCAAGCGCUUGGCUGUGCUGCGGGGACAGGACCCCGACAGAGUGACCCUCCAGGAUUGUCACCUUCCAGACAGUGAUGACGAUGAGGAGACAGCCAUCCAGAGAGUCCUGCAGCAGCUCACUGAAGAAGCUGCCCUGGAUGAGGCAAGUGGCUUUAACAUCCCCGCAGAGCCAACUCUUCAGCCCCAGGCCCAAUGCUGCAGGGCAGAACCUGAGGUUCAGGCCCUGGCACCCAGGCCUGACGCCGAGGAAGAAGAGCUCCCCUGGUGCUGCAUCUGCAAUGAGGAUGCCACCCUGCGCUGCGCUGGCUGCGAUGGAGACCUCUACUGUGUCCGCUGCUUCCGAGAAGGCCAUGAUGCCUUUGAACUUAAAGAACACCGGACAUCUGCUUACUGCCCCCGACAUGCAGACCAAGAGCACUGAGGGAAACCCUGGUCUUACAGGCAGCUGACAUCUGAUGGAAGGGCAUGGCAAGCUAGACUGCUCAUUGGUGCCCCCUUUUCUGAGCCUCGGUGUCCCUGGAAGGAGGAAAGCUUCUCUAUUGGAGAGGAUGACUGGAUGAGCCAGAGGGAAGGCAGAAGUUGGGAGUCUUCCAUCAGUGAAGCCUGGACUGGGAGUGAAAGGCAUAAUGGGGGGAAAACCAAAACGAAUCUAAAGAUGAGCCUUGAAACCUACUCAAGAGCCCAGGGCUUUCCCCUAGUACUUACUGUAUCAAAUAAAGUAUGUUGAUUCCUUG